AUGGCAACGUCUGUCUCUAUUAUACAUCCUUCGCACCCAAUGCAUCAUUCUAAAUCCUUUGAUGAUCAAGAUCAAUAUUAUGAUACAACUAAUGAUGAUGCGAUUUGUAUGGGAUAUUUAAAUGGAUUACCCCCUACGCAUAAAUCACAUUCCAAAGAUGGAAUGUAUCGGCCACAAAUUGAUCAUCAAAUGGCACCAGCACGUACUUCAUCAGCUACAACAAAACCAACUAUGUCGCCUUAUCUUCAAAAAUUACCUCAUUCAAACUUUAUUCAAACAAUACUUCCUCCAUCAGCAUCAUCAACAACGCAACAACAACGACGACAACGUCGUCGUCGAUCGACUUCCAUCGCUCGAACACGAGGAGAAUUACUUGACACUGCUUAUCAACCAUCAAAUAUUGAUCAUCUAGAUUUAAGUUCAUUUUUGGGGAAUAAUAAUCGCUCUGCUAAUCGUCCAACAAGUGCUCCGACACGAACUAUGAUCGCAUCGACACAUAAAAAACGUACACGAAUAUCACAUCAUAAAUCAAGUUCAAAAAGUCAAACCUUUAUUAUUAAAAUAUAUCGUAAUGGAGAUCAUGAGAUAAAUUGUUUAUGUAAAGCAACUGCUUUGAAUGCGAUUUUACAAUAUGCAACUGAAAAACUUCAUAUGUCAUCAGCUGCACGUCGUUUAUUCGAUAUCAAUGGGCAGGAAAUUUAUCGUGAAGAAGAUAUACAGUCUAAUCAAGAAUAUUUCGCCUCUAGCGGAGAAAAUUUUAAAAAUCCUUAUAAAUCAAUUAAAAUGCAAACGGAAUAUGGUCUUAACUCAACAUGGACGAUGAAUGGUUUACAAACCGAUACAACAAAGCCAAAAUCAUUCACAACAACUGUUACUAUCUCAGAACGUUUACAAAGUCAAAUUAAAACAAGUAUAAAUUUAACAAUAUUUGAAAAUGGUUUUGGUCAUGAUACUGUUGGAUAUCAUUUAUUAAUUGAUGCAGCUUUAAAAGAUAAUCUUGAAAAGUUUCUUGAUUAUUGUACACAAAGAAUACAAUUAACAGGACAUGCAAAGAGAGCAUUUACUUUUCGUGGUGAUCCAAUAAGAUCAUUGAAACUUUUUUUGGAAUCGGAUGAUUGUAAAAUGCAAACUGCAAAUGGCGAAAUUAUCUAUGGGCCAGUUUGGCUUAGUAAAGGUGAAAAAUAUCGUCCAACAGGUGCUUAUAUAUUUCUUGAAACACGUUAUAAAGAAUGUCAAACUCAGUUAAAAAUAUUACAAAAAGAAUAUAAUGAAGUUAUGAUUGUUAUUAAAAAACGUAAACGACGAACAAUGAUUGAUAAUGAAACAGAUGAUGAUGCACAUGUAUCGACAAAUGAAGGUACAGAUAAAGAAGAUGAUAAAGUCAUCGAUGUAUCAACAAUACAAAAUAAAGGUCUUUUAUCAAUGAAAAAGAAAGAAUUAAAAGAAGCAAGAAAAACAUUAGAAAUUAAAAUACAAGAACUAAAGGAUUUAAUGGCAUUAUAUCGAUCAAAAAUGGAUGAAAUUGAAGAUGCUAUGAAAGAUGAAGAUUCUUCAAUAGCUCAACAUAUUAAAAAAAUUGAUUUUGACGAUAGAAUUGUUGGAAGACAUCCACUUUGUUUAAUAAUUCAUGAAAAUGGGUCGUAUCAUAGUACAGAUCCAGAAAUUUAUUUAAAUCUUCGUAGUUUACCAUCGAAAAAAGUACCACAAACAUCCAUUGAAUAUCUUCUUGAUUAUUUACAAACAUCGCUUGAAAAAUAUGCUCGACAACGUCCUAAACGUGUAUUUGAUAUAAAUGGAAUUGAAAUAAAACUUCUCGGACAAAUUCGAUCGAAACAACAUUUAUUUAUUUCAUAUGGAGAAGAUUAUCGUCCAGCAUUUGAACCAUGUUUAGCGAUUGAAUUACAUGGUGCAGAGGUUUAUGAAAAGGAUGAUGGGUUAUCAGUAAUAAAAGCACCUCGAACAGAAGAUCAGCUUUUGACUGAAAAUGAGAAAAAAUCAAUUAGACAAGUAGCUGCUAGUUGGAAGGUGGCCGAGAAAAUUCCAGACGAUGUUCAUAAAAUAAAGUAUGCCGAUCUAUCGGAUGAACAAGUAAAACAAGCAGUGGAUCUAAAAAUAAUAAAUGAUCGUAUUUAUGAGAAUGUUACAUUUAUAACCAAAAAUCAUAGAUUAAUCUAUCCUGAAUUACGAAUCAGUCAAAGAAUAAUAUCAGAUACGAAUUCAAAACCAGCACAUCAUAAAGCACCACCAAAAAAAAUUUUUUCUGAUCUCGAUUUACAAACAUGGUGUUACACUAAAGAUGGUUAUAUAUAUAAUAAACAAUUAAGCUCUCUAGUAUUAACUGUUAUACCUGAACAAGAUAUUCAAAUAACAUGGAAACCUAGUAAAUUAUCAAAACAACGUAAUGAACAAAAUCUUAAUGGUUAUGGAGUUCAAUUACGAGAUAAAGCAACUGAACCAUCUCAUAAUCAAAUAUGGAUAUUUACUACUGAUGGUUAUAUUAUUUCGAAAGCUUAUCCAGAUUUUGCAUUGACAAGUGCAGCAAAUAUAAUACCAGGAGAAGAUGAAAAUUUUAUUGCAAAUGGAAUACCAAUGAAAGAUAAUCCAUUUAUAUCAUUUGUAGCUCUUUGUCCGAAAUGUCCAGCAAAUUCACCAUUUAUUCAUCGACAACGUUGGGGUAUUCGUCAAAUAUCAGGUUUUACAAUUGGUGAUUGGAAAUAUUCAAAAGUUGAAAAUCCUGUAUGGCAUAAAAUGGCUUUAACAUGGCCAGUUGAUUCAAGAGGUGCAAUGAUACCUGAUUUACAAUGGCCUAUCGAAGGUUGUUUUAUUCCAGGUGUACCACCUAUUAAAUCACUUAAAUCAUCUCAAGCACCAGACGGCUUUGUUCCCAUUCGAUUACAAGUAUUGAGAAAUGGAGAACGUGAUAUGAGUAAAGCUGUAUUCGUUGUUGGUCCUGAUAUUUCAAAUUUCAUACUUGAAACAAAAGGUUCGGCUAGUAUAUUUCGACGUUUACGUCUUCCUGAACCUGAAAAAGAUCAACGUGUUAAUCGACAAUUAAAACGUAUGGCUGAUGCUCGACAACGUGAAAUAAAAAUCUUUUUAGAAAAUUGUACAAAUCUUUGUAAUCUUCCAUUUGCUGGUCGUCGUUUAUUUGAUGAACAUGGAACAGAAUUAUUUGAUUUAUCAUUAAUUGAACGUGAUUCAAUUGUUUAUGUUACAUGUGGUGAAUCAUGGAUUGAUCCUGAAUUAACAAAAGCGGAACAACAACGACGAUUAUUAUUAGCUUAUUUAAAUAAUGAUGUUCGAAUGAUUUAUUUCUACUGUGCUUUAAGAAAUCCAAUUGAAUAUGCUGUAUCGACUGAAAAUGGUCUCAGUGAAAAUUCUCAAUUAAUUCUAAGUCGAUGCGCUUUAAAUGCUAAACAACGUGCUCGUGUUAAACAAGGUGAAUCAAUUGCACAUGUUAUUGAAAAUGAAGGACCAAUUGAAGAAACACCAACUGACAUAGAACCAAGAACCGCACAUGAACGAGCACAUAAAAAUAUGGAUAGAAAAUCCAAAGAGGAAUUUCAUUAUCCAUGGGAAAAAUCAGGAAAUUCUGAUAAAAAAUCCAAGGACGCAUUUCCUUGGCCGUGGGAAAAGAUUGCUAAUAAGAGCUUAAAUUUGGAUACAGAUGAUGAUGAUGUUAUUAUGCCAAGUAUAAAUGUACCACCACCAGAUAAUUCAAUGACACGAUCAACAGAAACAUUAAAUUUAUCAAAACAACCUCGAAAAUUACCAAGAUCAGUUGCAAUAUCAAUGCAAAAAUUUCGUUGGGAACCAACAGGUGGUUAUAUAUCAUGUAUGGAUGAUUCAAAUUUAGUUUUUGGUGUUAAAGAAAUUGAAAGUAAAGUUGUCGAUGUUAUAUUAAAACGUCGAAAUGCAGAUGAUAUAUUUCAACGAUGGGUUUUUAUUUCAUUGAAUGAUGAAGAUCAAAAUGAAAUUGAUGUAGAUUUUACAAAACCAUUUUUAAUUGUUUCCAAAGCUCGACCAACAAUGGCUUUAACAGUAUUACUUCCAUCAUGUACAGGAAAUGAAUCAAGUGAUGUUAAUAUUUCUUGUAUUGGUUGUCCGAUAACAUUACAACCAAGACGAUACGAAGAAAAUGGUUGUGCUAAUCAAAAAUGGGCAUAUGAUGAAACACUUGGAUUUCUUCUUCCAUUCAAUGCAACAUUAACGGAUAAAGAAAUUACAGCAGCUAAUCGAGCAAAUAUUUGUUCGUAUACAGUUAAUUAUGAAGCACUAUCACAACCAGGAUUUAUUGUAUCAAUUUUAAAUAAUAAUGAUCAAUCAGAAGAUGUACCUGUUUGUCUUGCUUGUGCACAAGCAAUGCGUGGAAAAUAUCGUUUAGUUAAAAUCGAACCCGAUAAGAAAUUUACUUGUGUUAUUGGAAAAAGACUUGAUCUGAAAUUUCAUGGUCCAUUUCAUUGUCUUAAUCAUAAAGUUGAUUUAACACGAGAUGAAGCUGAAAAUACACUUUUUCAACGACAAGAACAACUUGAACAAUUACGACAAGAAGCAAGUGUUCGAAAUAUUGCUAAAGAAUUAGCUGCAGCAAAACCAAUACAAAUCGUUCAUUUACUUGCUUAUCGUAAUGGUGAAGGUCAUACAAGACAAGGUAAACUUUUAAUUGGUUCAAGUAUUAUUGGUUUACUUGAUCAAGCUACUCAUCGAUUGGAUUUAACAAAUGCUGCUCGACGAUUUUAUGUUAUCGAUGGUAAUGUCAUGUUAAGUAUUGAAGAUCUUAUUCAAUGGGCAACAGAAUAUUAUAAAAAACGUUUUAAUCAAAUAUCAAAACCAACACAAACACAACUUCUUGAUAGAGUUGACUUAGACACACCUGUACCACCAAAAAUUCCUGAUUCACAACGACGAUCAAGUCUUGAUAAUCAAUCAGAAAAAACAACAUUGUCAAGUAAAUUACGUGAUCUAAGUCCAACAAAACAACAUUUUCAAGGUUUACCAAAAGCAUCAGAUUUAAAACGAGCAAUAAAACAAAAUUCUGUUACACGAGCUAUCGAUGUUGAUAUGAGUUAUUUAUUAAAAUUUCCUAUUGAAGUAUGGGUUUCAUCUGGUGAAGCAUUCGUCCGACCUUCUGAUGCAGAUCAAAAACAAAAUCAACGUUUUAUGCAACGCGAAGAACGAACACCUGUUGUACAUGAAUUAGAACGAGAAAAACAUGCUUUACGUCUUUUGAAAGGACGACGUAUAUCAGGUCAAUCAACAGGUGAGCUUGUUCCUCAACAAAAUCCAGAUGUACCUGUUAUUAAACAAGGACAUUGGACACAAAAAUCAGAUGUUGAACUUGAUAAACAAGAUGAUGUAGAAUUAUUAAGAAAUUCAUUAGGUGAAAUUCUGGUUUCACAACAACCUGAAAUAACACGACCGAUUUCAUCAGCUGCAACUGAUCGUUUAGCACAACAUUCAAAAAUUAAACGUACUUUAAUUUAUUUGAAUGGUGAACCAAAAGAAACAGCUGUUCAAUGUUUUGGUAGUAAUUUAAAUGAAUUAAUGGAAGCUGCUAAAAUGAAAUUGAAUUUAAUGCAACCAAUUCAAGCAUUAUUUGAUGAAAAUGGACAUAUUAUUGAACGAUUUGAUCAAUUAAACCGUGAUCAAUUAGUAUGUGUAUCAACAACAAAAACAUUUAUUUCAUUCUCUGAAAAACAACGUGAAGUUGAUGUUAAAGCUGAUUGGGCACGUACACGUAAUAAAUAUGGCGAUCAAGCAACAGAUAUUCGUGUUAGUUCAAACCUUUCAACAUUUCCUCAUGCAGCUGAUCCAUUUGGCCCACCAAUAUUAACAUCAGAUGAUCAAAAUCAAAUUCGUCCAACAACAACAAUAACAAAACCACCACCAGCACCAGCACCACUUUAUCGUAGAUUAGCUAUUGAACAACAACAACAGCCACCACCAAAAUCAGCUACACUUACUGAAAUAACACCAUCACCAACAGUUAUGAAGGAUUCAUUAAUGUUAAGUGAUGAUGAUGAUGAUGGACCUGAUAGUGAAAUUGAACGGAUUACAAAUGUGAACAAUGAUGAAAAUGAAAGUAGUCGAACAACAACAGCAGCAUCAAGAAAUGGAGCACAAGCUAAAAGUCCUUUUUCUCAAUUAUUUCCAGCUAAUUCACGUUCAUUAGCACCAACAAGACCUCCACCAUCGACACAGAAGUCAGAUAGUGAUGACGAUGAGUUUAUUAAAAUGCUCAAAAGAAAAUAG